GCGAAUUACCAUURUCCCUGGWRGAACGACASUCGGRAAAAUGAUGGUUAUAGGGAUUUUAAGUAUUGUGUAUUAUUUGUUUGGAUUGAAAGUAGUCAGUAGUUAUUAAUGUCUGGGAGAAGAAAAGAAGGCAAGGUUUGGAGUGAAUUGUURGAAUCUAUUUGACACUUGGACRUGUGGGUUUGUCGUGUUGAUUCUCUCAAGAUGACGGGAGGAAAUGUUGAUCYCGCAAAUAGUAAURCAGGGGAUCGUCKCAAYGAUAUUCUGRAACUCGYACGAGCCAUUCGUGAGGCCGAUAAUCAGAAGGCGCAACUGCCAAAGGUUCAAGUUCCCCUCUUCGAUGGCACCAAUGCCUCAACAUGGGCGGACAAGUUUGAACAAUUGGGCAGUUGCUGCGAAUGGUCGAGUAAGAAGAUGCUUCAAAUGGUGCAGCGAUAUUGUAUGGUCGAGUAUAAAGAGGAGGUGUUGAAGUUGGUGCAAGCUUCGCGCGACUGGCCGGACUUCAAGGCCAAAUUAUUGGACAAGUACCAGUUGGGGGAUCAACUGCUCGAUCUGGCGGACUUACGGAAGGUUAGUCGUCGGAAGUUUGGUACAGCCAAGCAGUUUCUUAGGGAGUUUGAGCGGGUUGCGCGCUUAGUGGUUGAUCUUCCUGAUAAGGAUCGGUGCCUUAUCUUCCUCGAAACCUUUUCAGAAGUUGAGCAGCGAGAACUGAUGAAGGACAUGACGGGGCGAUAUGACUGGCCAAAGAUAAAGGAAAAUCUGUUGGCCGGAAGUUUCGAUCAAAUGCUUUACCGUCUCCUGAAGCAGCAAAAGGAGGACCGUGAGAAGGAAGGGGUAAGCGCGGACAAGGAUCAAGCCGUUUACAAGACCCUGACUGAUAUGCGGAACAUGAUGGCUGACAUGAAGGAGGAAAGGUUGAAGUUGCAAGUGAUGAUGGUCCAAACAAAGGGUGGAAAAAGGAAGGGAAAAACUCCCGUCGUGGAGGAGGUGAGCAGUAGCAGCRGCGAAGAGGAAGAURAGGAGGAAGUGCAGCCCGCUCGAAAAUUGACCAAGGCAGAACGGAAGACCCUGAAUCAAAUACRAGRAGGGCAAKGURCUARCAAAAAGCAACGAAACAAUAAUGGAGGAGGUGGACAAGGAAGCAACCAGGAAYAGGCGGCGCAGACCCCUCCUCAGCAACCCCAACCUCAGGCAGGAGRSCGGGGCCGAGGUCGAGGUAGAGRCCAAGGCAAUGGGGGAGGCCGAGGAAAUGGGGGCGGCCGAGACAAUUGGCAGAAUUGGUUUUGCAAGUACUGUGGCCAAGAUGGACAUGGGAUACGGUUUUGUCAGACCUUUACCAAAGAUGAAAACGAUAAGGUUAUAUAUACGAAUAUCCGAGGCGAGGUCUACAACUUCGAAAGGAAUCUCAUCGAUCCCAAUGUGGAGGGAGGAAUGAGAAAGGAAGCUUUCCGACGCAUGGGGCGARAUCUUCCAGCAACUUUUCGACUGGCUUCUCCGGAAGAAGUCGAACAGAUUGAGCUGGAAGCGACGAUGAAGUCAUUGACAAUUGAGGAUGUCAAGGCCGGAGAUGAAGGUUUGAGCAAAGGGCAGGAAGAGAUACUGCAUCGAGCCCAGUUGGUGGUCAAGAAGAUGAACCGAUGUCGGAAAACUUUUGUUCAAAUAUGCGCCGACAUGAAUGAAGAAUGGUCCGGGCUUCCCCAAGUUUUUUUGUUUGGAGGAUGGGACAGAGACGGCCAAGGAGGUCUUAAUGAUGUUAGCGCACCACAAUCUGGAUCGCCGUCGGCAGGGCGUUUGAUGGCCACCACGGUCUUGUCCCGUCCUGCGUUCAAGCGACUGCCACUGCUGGUCUCCCACAAACUCGGAGGGCUCGAAGGCCAUCGCGGCCAAGGGCAAUGCCAGAAGAAGGACCAAGUCAGCCUCGGGAAACCGAGACGAUUUCGAUUGAAGAAGACGAUGGCGAGGAGGAGGAAUUGCUGCGAGCCGAAGAUGAGAGGCAGGCCAAACAACGAGCCAUGGAGAGGGAGCCAGAAACGGGCAAGGCCGAUAUUGGGGAAGCCCCGCUGUGCCGCAGCCUCGCCUUGUCUCAGGGCCAUCGACGACCCCCCCUCCGACGGCUUUUUGCCGCGCAUUAAGAGAGCUGGCGGGUAUCCUUACAGCAAUGGAGGGUCCUCUUACAGCAAUGGGGGGUCCUCUUACACAAAUGGGGGGUCCUCUUACACAAAUGGGGGGUCCUCUGCUGCGGCGCUAGCGGAGGGUGGCACCAUCCGCCGGGCUCAGCGCGCCGUUUCCGCCGCCGCCUCCUCCGCCUCUGGUGCUGCCACCGCCGCCUAUGCUGCCACUGCUUGUGCCUCGUCGUCAUUUCCACAUAGUCACGUGUCAUGCUUCCCUCCGGGAGACCGAAGGUGGUGCUUCUCUCCUCGCAAUGGGAGCAUUUUUCAUUACUCCCCACCCCUCGUCUGCGGGGUCACCGACUGUGCAAUCGUCGAGCAUGAUGACGAUCAACACGUCGACCGAUCGAAUCACAACGAGGACGGCGAGUGUUUCGAUGGUGAUGAGUGGUUCGAUGCCGACGAUGAAGAAGGAGGAAGAAGAAGAGAGCAGCAGCGAGAUCUAAGGCUUUGGGAAGGAGGAGGUCGAUGGCCCAGCGGCAAUGACACCUCCUCCUCCUCCUCCUCCACCUCAUCCUCCCCCUCCUCCUCCUUCCUUGCACCUCAUCGUUGUGCUGUCUGUUCCAGUCCCGCCGCCGUUGACUUUUCAAGUCAAAGUCCAAGGAGCAAAGUCAACGUCGCCGCUAGCGAGAAUGGCAACGGUCACAGCUUGCUGAGCGGCGGCUGGCAGCGAAAUGCGAAUCCCAUGAUUCUUGAAAUCCCCGAGCAACAACUCAGAUGCCACGUGUCACGUCGUCGGCUUCGGCGCCACUGGUACCCUCACGCUGUUUUUAGCCCAUCCGACGGCCUCGUCGGCAGUUUCGAUAGACUUGCUGCUUCGACGACGAUACCGACCCAAGACGACCUGAAGAGAGCUGCAGCAAAGAAGGCCGUGGAGUACGUUGAGAGUGGGAUGGUCUUGGGACUUGGAACAGGUUCCACUGCAGCUUUUGCUGUGGCCAGGAUCGGACAGCUGCUGCAGAAUGGGACCUUGAAAAAUAUUGUGGGGGUUGCCACGUCCAAGAGGACGGCAGAACAAGCUGAGGCUGUUGGCAUUCCACUCUCUGGGCUCGACGACCAUCCGGUGAUCGAUUUGGCCAUAGAUGGAGCGGAUGAGGUGGACCCGGACCUCAAUCUCGUCAAAGGACGAGGAGGGGCACUUCUGCGAGAGAAGAUGGUGGAGAGGGCAUCAAGGAAAUUUGUGGUGAUCAUUGAUGACUCCAAGCUGGUCGAUGGGCUAGGAGGUAGUGGGUUGGCAAUGCCCGUGGAAGUUGUACAGUUCUGCUGGAGGUACAAUUGCUACAGGCUGCAGAAUCUUGCUGAGAUUGCAGGCUGCGAGGCUCGGCUAAGGAUGGAUGGGGACAAGCCAUAUGUUACGGACAAUUCAAACUACAUCAUAGAUCUCUACUUCUCCGCUCCCAUCAAGGACCCUCAAGCUGCAGCCAAGGCCAUCUCGUCCUUGGCGGGGGUUGUCGAUCACGGGCUAUUUUUGGACAUGGCAACGGCCGUUGUAAUUGCUGGGAAGGAAGGGAUCGAAGUGAAGGAGCGUGAGUUGGUUUGGAGGUCACAGCGCAGACGAACAGAGACGCUGCUGUCAGCAUGAUUCUUCCCUUUCCCAACUCUUGGGGUGGUUGAAUGAUUUCAUUCUUGAUCUAUUAAUAUCGGACUUACAGCCGCGUAUUGCGCGGGGACUGGCUGGCUACAACUAGGCUGGAAAGAUUGUUGGUGACUCAAGGAAGAAAGUGGCGUUUUCAGCAGCAGCUGAAACUCCCAAAUGUCGGUAACAUUGCAUACGAAUCUUGGAGAGAUUAAAUGUGAAAUCUUCUGUGAUGAGGUGCCCAAGACAGCAGAGAACUUCUUGGCGUUGUGCGCAAGCGGAUAUUACGAUGGAACAAUAUUUCACAGUUCUGUUUGACCGUAUAUGUGAAGAAGUCAAAUAAAAAAUCAGUACACAAUGUUACACAUGCAAAAUUGCAAAUUCACACUUCACUAUGACAAUUAUAUAGGCUACCAGCCUUGACUGCGCUAAAACAAACUAAAACGAUACUC